AUGAUUUUCUUCAUUUUACUUUGGAUAAGCUAAAUAUCAUUGAGCUAAUUACAAAAUGAUAUAACUUGUUAUUAUGAAUAUGAUGACUCAAUUUUAGAAUAAAAAUAAUAAAAACCUUAAAUAAAAUAGAUUGAAAUAUAAGCUGAUGCAAUCUCUGGUGAUUCACGAGGGUUUGGGUUUUGGUCGAAAUACAUUGCUAAUUUAGUUAAUUCAGAGGAAGAAUACUUGUACAAACCUUUUGAUGAUCCUAAUUGUUUAUUUUAAGUAUGUCAAUUUAAUGGAUUCUACUUUUUAAAACUGCUUGAUGAUGAUCAAUUUAAUUUUGCAGCAAUAAUAUUAAACAUGAAUGAUAAUCCAAUUAGUUUAACUCAUGAUUUUUAUUUGUUUAAAUAAAAUUCAGAUAUUAUUUAGCAAGCAUCAGUUAAAUUUUAAGCAAGUUUAUACGAAAAUAUUUGGUUCUAUACUUCAAUCCUAUAUUCAUCAGUCGACCAUCUCAUUAGAUUUUACACAAACUUCAAUGAUUAGUUGUUUACUCUUGAAUAUUUGUUAUUGUCAGAAAAAAUUACCAUUAUUUUAGGCGGAUAUACUACGGAUCUUUCCUAAAACAUUAUAAAUAACUGGAGUCCUUUAUUACAUUUUAAAGGAAAACUCUCUACCAUCUAAGAAUACAAUCCUUUUUUUUAUGAUGACGAUUUCUUUUAUAAUUUAUUCUAAAAAUGCCCAUAUUAGGCUUAAAAAACUACUAAAAUUAAAUAUGAUGUAUUUAGGACAUUAGAUCCAAAUAUUGUUCAGGAUGAUUUAUAAAUAAAUCUAUUGUAAAUUUCUACACCAAACUUAAGAUAUACUAUAAGAGGCUGGAUCAAGUAAAAUUAUAUGUAGGUAUGAACUUAUUAAGUUGUUAGGCCUUCUCAUAUUAUUUGUAAUAUUUUGGUGAGCCAUUUUAUCAAAUAGAUCAACCAAUUUUUUAUUUUUAAUACCCAUUUUAUGUAUACAAUAGAAAACAAGGAGAUUUAAUGAUUGAGUUUUAUUAUAAGGUAUUUGUAUAUGAAAGGAAAGGUUGACUUUGAAAACAAUAAUGAAACAGAAAUUCAUAUUGAAGUUGAGUUUUAUAAGAUCCCUCUAGGAGUUCCGCUAUAUUAAGAUGAAGAAUUGAGAAAAUUUGAUAGUUUGACAAUAAAGAAAGAUAAUUUCUAUGAGAAAACCUAGGAAUGGCAUUAUUUUGUAAUUGAUUAAGGAAGAACUCCUAAAGACGGAUCUGCUAUGCAAAUAAGAUUUUAUUUUAGAAAUGAAGAGCCAUAUAUUUAUAAUUUAGGAACAUAUGAUUAUAACACAUAAUAUUCAGGAUAUAUGGUCACGAUGAUCAUGUUAUUUAGAAGUUAAGGUUUGUAAAUAAGAAGCAGCGCCAAUUUAAAUUAGCUUUUUAUUAUUGUUGGACAAUAAGAAGAUGACAAUGAUGGAUAUUGUAAUUAUAAUUUUAAGUCUGUUUAGUAUGUGAUUCAAGUUGUAGGGAUUGUAUUGGUCCAACUAAAAAUGAUUGUGUAUCCUGCUAUACAGAAUUAAACUAUUUUUUGACAUAAUUUAAUUCUUGUGAAUGUUUAUAUCUAAAUGAAUAUAAUUAGAAAAGUGGAAUAUGCGAACCCAUUGAAAGAUCCUAAAGUUUAAGCAUUACAAAAGAAGAGGACACUGAAUAGUUUUGUUAAUUUGGAUAUUUUUAAGUUUAAUUUAACAAUGAAUAUUUCUGCAUAAAAUGGUAUUUAAGACUACUUAAUAUUUUAGUCCUUCAGGUUAAGAAAUGAAUUUCUUAUGUGGGGAUUGCCUUCAUUAAUCAACUACAUGGUAUUUGAAACCUAUUUGCACAUUUGAUUAUAUUUAAGAAUAGAGUACAUAUGCAUAUAUCAAGCGCUUGAGAUCAAAUAUUCAAAUAGAUGUUUAUUACAUCAAUAAUGAUAUGAACCUAUAAUUGCAAGAAGGAGCUAGUGAAUUUUGUGAAGCAACUUAACUUGGAUGUCAAAACAGUAAUGAAUUUCAUUUAGGUGUCUAAAUAAGAAUGAAAUGUAAAACUAAUAGGUAUUACAAUAACUUUUAAUGUUUAAAUUGUAUUGAAUCAUGCAUUUUAUGUCAAUCUAAAGAUGUCUGUUUAACUUGCAUUGAAAAUUAUUUCUUCAAUUUCAAAGAAAAGGUGUGUUCACCAUGCCCAAAGGAAUGCAAAACAUGUUAAAAUGCCCCUAGUAGUAUUUUAGGAUACCAAUGUCUUUCAUGUCAAUCGUAUUAAUCAAUUGAUUAUAUAGAUAAUAUACUGUAAAUCAUUUUGGAUAAUGCUAGCAAUGUGGAAUCUAUUGCGAAUUUUGCAUAGAAGAUUUUAAUGCUCAAACUUAAGAAUAUUUUGUAAGAUGCUUAACAUGUGUUGAUAACAACAAAAUGACUAUUAGAUUCAAUGGAGUGGACUGCAUAAUACUAGAUAUUCCUAAUUGUUAAAAUGUUGUUUUAAUGUCCAAGACCUCACCUGUAUACAAUGCUCUUAUUUAUAAUUUCUAACCUUCUAAUGACUUAUCAGAUGAGAAACCAAUUUGUGGCUUAUGCUAGCAGAGUUUUGCAUACAAUUAUGAGUUAGAUAUGUGUGAUUCUUUAGAUUUAGAUGCUUCUACUUGUUCAAUUGCAUAUAUUGUGAGAUUAAUUGUUUUAGGAGUUGAUUAUGGCCUUUAAUAAAUUUGUUUAAAGUCACCAUCUUAAGGUGGCUUAAGUAUUGAAGGAGAUUUUUGUAAUACUUAAUUAUAGAAUUGUCUUUGGUGCUAUACUAAAAAACAGAAGACUAAUGCAUACUGCUUGAAAUGUCAAUAAGGAUAUUAUUCUUAGCGAUUAACUGGUUAAUGUUAACUAUGUCCAGAAAAUCUGCAUUGCAAAACAUGUUAUCAUACAACCAUCGGAUAUAAUGAUGAAUGGAAGAACAAUCUAAUACUAUUUAUUGAGUUUCUCAAAGCUUAACAUGACAUUUCAUAUUUUGUAAAAUCAAUAAAUUAUUAUUUAAUAGUAUUGGAGCUAUGAUUAAAGUUAAAAUUUAGAUGAUUAUGAAAUUAUCUGCACAUCUUGCUACACAGGUUAUAUUUUAAGAGAUAACAAAUGUAUUAAGUAUUGUGAAGACAGUUGUUAAAGUUGUAUUUAUUUAGAUGGUCAAUAUAUAUGCUAAACUUGUGGUCAGAAUAUCUAUCAUAAUCUAUUAAGUUUAGUAUAAAAUUAAUGUACUGUUUGUCCUAGUUACUGUGAAUUUUGCAGGGAAAGAACAUAUGAUGAAAUUCAAAGCAUAAAUUCUCUUUUCAUUAAAACUGAUAUCAAUACUAUUUACACUUAUUAAUGUUUAAAACCGUAUUAAAACGAUGAAACGUUGAUUUAUGAUAGUAUCCUAGGAUAAUUUAUAUCAUGUUAGAAUUCUGAGCAAUGCGAAAAUGUUUUAACUUUUGAGUUUAAUUUAUUUUGUAAUGAUGAAGAUUACCAUGCUAAAUUAGAAUUAAUCUAAGACUCUGAAUUAAAAAACAAAUUUAAGAAAGAAAAUGUAAUGUUUUCACAAAUACUAUAAUCUAAUGUUUAGGGAAACAGCUUUUAAAUAGUAAUAUUAUAUUAUAUCCACAUAGUUUGACAUUGAUGCUAUUUAUGACAUUAUGGGCAAAAAGACUAUUAAGAAAGUCAAAUUAAUUCUUGUAUCCAAUAGUGAAUAAGUUUGUUAGGUUCCUUAAUUGAGUUACAUAACUUAAGCUUUCUCUAAAAAUGUGUUUCAAGCUAUGUAUUUAUUUAACUAUAAAUAGUGAUGUUCAAUUAACAAUCAAGUCUAAUAUUGAAAAAGAAUUGUAAAUAGUUAUUUUUGAAGAAAUACACUUUACUGAUUUCACUUUAUUACGUUUUGAAAAUGUACAAUUUAUGAUAUAGUCAAACAUUUAUAAUAAGAAUAUCAACGCAUAUGGGUUUAAAUCCAUAGAAUUGUAAUUGUACAAGAUAGUAAUAUCUACUACUUCCCUAACAACCUCUACUUUUUUUACCUUUUAGUGUACUCAAUUGAAUUAAAUAGUCUUUAGUUAGGUGAUCCUUAGAGAUAUGAAUAUUCAAAAUAAAAACCAAAAAAGUUUUUUUUCAUUUCUUUAUGAUACCAUCUCAAAAACCUCUUCUAUUUAAAUUGAGAAUUUUUCCAUUGAACAUAGCAUUUUUGAGAAUACUAAUAUUUUAGAAUUCAAAUCUACUGAUAUCUAGUCUAUUAAUUUUAAUCAUAUAAACAUUAACUCUGUAUUCAUGAAUAGUUCAUUGUUGAACACAUAAAAUGAUGAAAUUUUGAAAUCCAUAAUUAUAGCCAAUUUUAUUAUAUAAGGAAAGAUAGAAAACUCAGAACCAUUUUUUUUAUUAAAUUAUGCUUAAUCAACAAACAUUUAAAAUGUUGAUUUAAUAGAUUUAGUAAUAAUUGAUUCAACAUUUUUAUAACUUGAAAGAUCAGGCUCUAUCAGUGAAUUACUAAUAUCUGAUUGCCACUCUUUUGGAUCAGUCUCAUUUAUUCGUAAUAAUGUUGAAAGUUAAAUAUCAAAAUAAAUUGGAUUUAUCUAUUCAAUCGACAAUCUAAAAGUUACAAAUUUGAUUUCCAGUUAUGAAACUGAAAUUUUAUACUUCUAAGCUUUCGAUUCAAUCACAUCUGAAAUCAUAAUCAAAAAUAUCAUUUUAGAAUAGGUUAUUAUAGACGAGCAAUAAUAAUCAGCAUAUAACUAAUUGCAAUCAUAUUUAAUUUAUAUUCAAUUAAAAUAGGCCUUAGUGUAAUCAUGUAAAAUUGUUAGAGGAUUAGGCAUAUAGGAAUUUAUAUUUACUAAUUUAUAAUCCCUUAUAUUUACAGAUCUUAUAGCUACCUAAUCUCAAAUACUAUUAUUGCAUUAGUAUUAUGAUUGUUCAAGUAUAAUUAAAGCCAACAAUAAAUACCCUAGUAUAAUUUAGCUUUUUGAUGUUAGAAAUACUAAAUUGGAGAAUUUUGUGAUAACUAGAAUGAACUUUAUUAAUUCAGGUUUUCUCUUAUUCACAACUCAAUCCAAAACUUCAUCUUCAGAUUAAGAUGCUCUUUCAAUCAAUAAUUUAAUAAUAAAAGAUAACUUAUUAAUUACAUCAUAAAAAGAUGCAAGCGCUUCUUUAAUGUAAAUCACAUCUAAUUAAAAGAUUAUUGUAAAUAUCGAAGUUGUUGAAAUCAAGUAAAAUCAGUUGCACAACUAUUAAAAAAAUUUACUAAAAGCCUCGUCUGUUGCUAUGCUAAUCUAUUGUCCUUCAGGAAUAAUUAAUUUUAGAAAUAGCUAAAUUUAUGAUAAUUUCGCAACAAAUACUACUGAUAGUGUCAUAAAUAUUAUCUCAGAAUAAAUUCUGUUUGAUUAAAUUUAAUUUGUUAAUAAUUCCUAUCAAAAUAUCGAGAUCCUUGUAAAUAAUAUUGAUUGGCAAUAUCCUCUAAGUUAGAUUAUCUACAAGAAUGACUUAAAAUCCAUAUUUGAUUUUUAAAAUGCAUACGGAAAUUCCUAUCUUGAAGCAGAUGUUGUAGUUGUAUAAAAUAGUCAAGUUGAGAACUCAUAAGGAUUGAAUGGAAUCGGAUUAUACAUUAGUGGAUAAAUUGUUAAAUUAUUCAAUAUACAAUUCAAGAAUUUAACUACAUUCUUCAAAUACAAUGAAGAAAAUGGAGGAUGCAUUUUUAUUAAGAUCCCCAUUAGUGGAUGUAAAGUAGAACUCUCAGGGAUUGUGGCCUAAAAUAUCUUAGCAAAAGAUUAUGGAAGCUUUUUAUUUGUCUCAUCUAAUUAAGAUCAAUUACACUUGUCAAUUAAUAACUUAACCCUAUCAGAAUGUAUAUCUAGAAAAGGCUCAGUUAUUCAUGCAGCUUUCUAAAAAAAUUCAUUAUAAAAUGUGAUAUAGCUUUAAAAGAUAAUUAUUAAAAAUCAAAAAAGUGCUCUUUUUAAUUACAUGAAAUAGUAAAUCAAUAACUAGAAGGCAUUGUUGGAUAUCAAUAAUCUUGUGUCUAUUUAUGUUGAAAAUACAGUGUUAAUCUUAAAGGACAUUUUUAUUGACAACAUCUUUAGGGAAUCGAUUUUGGAAGGUGUAGAUUAAGGGGAUGUAAUAUUGAAUAAAAUAACAAUUCUAGGAGGCACUGCUCCUUAAAAUAAUAUUAUUCUAAUAUAGCCAAGGGAAGGUAUAUAUAUAAUAAUUAAUUGAAUUAGAUCUGUCUACUGUUAUUUUAAUCAAAAUUAUCUCUAUCAAUAAUGUCAAGUAGGUUGAAAAAUAAAAUGAAUAAUGUGAAAUUGUUUAGAAUACAAUAUCUUAAAAAAUUAUAUACAUGUAGUGCAAUUCAAAAGCUACUUCAGAAAUUCCAAUUUUUCUAAAGGAGGAUGAUAAGGAUAAAUUUCAGGAAAAUGAGUGCUUAAACUAAAAAUUGCAAUUUUCAAAUACUGCUAUUUAAUUAUCAGCUAUUUCUAUUUCCAAAAUUAAAAGCAAUGAUCUGAUAUCAAUGUUUGACAUAAGUCUCUCCAAUAAUUAUUAUUCAAACUCAUUAAGUGGUUUAGUUAAUCUUUAUAUUAAUAAAUAAAAUCUUGAUGCAUAUUCCAUUGUGAUUAAAGAUUUGAUAAUUUUGAAAAACUGUUGUGGCUAAGCAGGUUGCUUGUAUAUAAAUUAUGAUGUAUUUGAUGUAACAGCUGUAAUGUACACAUAAAACAGGUUGCUUGCAUCUAAUAGUGAAAAGAUUUUGUAGUUAGUUAAUCAUGACAUAAUAAUUAACAAUUAUAAGUGUUAAGAAAAUGUUGCAGAUUUUGGAACUUGCUUAUUAUCUAAUCAAACAAAUAUAAUAGUAUUUAAUUCCAUUUUCAUUAAAAAUAAAGCCUUAGUUGCUGGAGGAGCAAUUUAUUUUAGUGGAAAGCAAUCAUUUUUAUUUUUAGUUGAUAGUCAGAUAAUUAACAACAAUGCAAGUAUAGCUGGAGCUAUAUAUUUUGAUAACAGUGUUAGGUAAGACAUGAAACAAUAUAAUACAAUUGUGUUUGAUAAUCAGGCAUCUUAUUAUGGUCAAAAUGAGGUUUAAGCUCCAACUCAUUUAUCAAUUACUUUAAAUAACUAUCAUUACAUUUAUAACACUAUCAUUGAACAAAAUACAAGAAAUAGUUUAAUAGAAUCUAUUGAUAAUUAAUUAGAAUCUGAUUAGAAUGUUAUUUAUUUGCCAAGUGGAACUCCAAUAAAAGAAUACUAAAAGUUUAAUUAGAUUUCAGAGUAAUUAGAACCCAUGAAUUUUACAUUCAGAAUAGUAGCUUUAGAUGAUUAUUAUUCAAAAUUAAAUAAUUUAACUAAUUCAAAUUGCACCCUUGAGACAUUUGUUUUUGAUAUAGAAAAGAAUAUAGCGCAGGAAACCUCUAAUUAAAUAUUAAUUAAUAAAAAAAGUGUUUUAUUUGAUUCUAAUACAAAUGAUUAUAAUUUAGAUGAUUUGGUCAUUUAUUUUGAUAGUGAUAAUACCAAUAAAACAUAUUUAUAGUUAGUAAUCUCCUGCUCUUGCAUAUAAAUACCUUAAUAUGAUGAAAACAAAGUAAUAAUUUAAUCAUUUCACAAUAAUUAUAAAUUAUUCGUGAAUAUUAACACUUUCAAAUGUCGUGUAGGUUAGAUAAAGUCUAUUUAGGAUAAUUCAUGCCAUGAAUGUGAUCCAAAUCUAGAUUAAUAUUCAAAUUAGCUUAACUUGAAUAAAUGUUAUAUCAGAGAUGAAUAAUCCACAAUUAAUGUAACAUCUUUUGGAUUAAAUUUACGCUCUGUAAUCAUUUAUUAUAAAUUCUUAAUAGGGUUAUUGGAGACCUUACUUUGAAAACAAUAUUGUAGAAGAAUGUUUAAAUUUAAGAGAGAACUGUUUGGGAGGAUGGAAUUCUGGAGAUAUUUCUUGUUAUAAAGGUCACAUAGGGGCAUUAUGUGAACAAUGCGAUAUCUGGAAUAUUAGAGGAGGUGGGUCCUUUUCUACAUCUUAAUAAUACUCUUGUGGGUCAUGUGACAAUGUUAGUUACAAUUUAGUUUAAAUCAUAGGAUUCAGUAUUUGGUAGUCUAUAAUAAUUAUUUAGGUCUUUAAUUACAAUUGUUCUUAGUGUUAAAGGAGCUAACUCUGUUUAGAGCUACUAACUUGAAUCACCUUAUUUGAUCAAGAUUCUUACAAAUUACUUAUAAAUAAUUAGUUCUUUAACAUCUUUCAAAUUAAGGUUACCAGUUGAUGUGUUUUACUUUUUAAAUGGAAUUGGUAAUCCAAUCCAAAGAAUCUCUUAUUCUUUGGACUGCUAUUUAAGUAUUCAAAAUAUUCAAUAUUAUAUUAGUUGAGAUGUCAACUUUAGAAAUUCACUACUUAAGGUUGAUCUGGCAAUUAUUAAUCCCUUGUUUUUAUUUUAGUAUUCUAUCAAUAGUUUAUUCGAUCUUAAUUUCGACCAAGCAACUUAUUUAUAGAGGACCUAUUGUAAUGACAGCAAUCAUUUAUAUGUACAUAUAUUUUCAGCCAAGCAUCAUUGGAUCACUUAUUGCACUGAUUUCAACAAGAACAAUCUCCAAUGUUCCUUUGAUUCAAGCCAAUGUUGCAUUUAAAUUUGAUACACCAACACAUUUAAAAUGGGUUCUUACUUUUUGUAUACCCUUUUUGUCAUUAUUUGGUAUUUUGAUACCUUUGGGUUUGCUUUUGAGUUUGUGUAAAAUCAGAAACAAGCUUAUAUACAAAAGAGGUAAGAGUCUCCUUGGUUAUUUAUACUAUGAGUAUAAACCUAAUGCAUAUUUUUGGGAAAUCAUCAAAAUCGUUGACAAAGAAUUGCUAAUAUUAGUUUUAAUAUAUUAUGAGGAUUCAAUCAUAUUAAAAGGAUCUUUAAUCUACUUUAUUCUUUUUAGCUAUUGGUCUUUGAAUCUAAAAUAUCAACCAUUUAAAUCUGCUAGAUUAAAUCAACUAGAUUAUUAGUCAACAAUUAUUUGCGAAAUUUCUAUUAUCAUUGGAAUUGGUUUAAAUAUGGGCUAAUAAUCUCAAUUCUACAAUAUUUCAGUUAUAUUCUUUUUCACAUUAAUAAUCAUUAAUAUCUUUUUCUUAAUCAAGAUCUUGUUGUACAUUUUCAAUGCGUACAUGAAUGAAAUGGAAAAAACUUUUGAUUUAGUUAAAUCAACUAUUCAUAAAAAUUUGCCUAAUAGGUUUAGAAUGAGUAAGUAGUGCUUAAGACUACUAAAAACAAAUGCUGAAAGCAGAGAAAGAGCCAAAUUAAAUUUUUAGAAGUUAAAAACAGCUUACAAAAAACUUUAAGCAUCAAAAAGAUAAUCUAUGAAUAUUGUUUUAUACAAUGCAAUGAAUUCAUAAUAAAUAACUACAAGAUUAAAGUAAUUAUAUAAAAUUUACACUUAGCACUUUUUCAAUUAGAGAAAAUUUACCUAAUCUCCCAUUAGUUUAAAUUAGUUCGAAAUAGUGA